ACAGCCAAGAUGGCGGCGCUCGCAAUGCGGAGUGGCUAUCUCCUGCGGCUCUCUGUGGCUCUGGGUCCCAGGUCCCGCAGCUACCGUGCGCCCCCGCCCCCGCGCCGCCGUCCCGGGCCCCACUCGCCAGACCCGGAGAACCUGCUGACCCCGCGAUGGCAGCUAACGCCCCGCUAUGUGGCCAAGCAGUUCGGACGACAUGGCGCCAUCUCCGGGGUGCCCCCGGCCUCCCUGUGGCCCACCCCAGAGCAGCUGCGCGAGUUGGAGGCCGAGGAGCAAGAAUGGUACCCGAGCUUAGCGACCAUGCAAGAGUCGCUGCGCUUGCAGCAGCAGGCCUUGGAGGCAAGGCGCCAAGCCAGGGAGCAGCGUAUCGCAGAGUGCAUGGCCAAGAUGCCACAAAUGAUUGAAAACUGGCGAAAGCAGAAGCGAGAACGCUGGGAGAAAAUUCAGGCUGACAAGGAGCGGAGGGCCCGGUUACAGGCUGAGGCCCAGGAACGCCUGGGCUACCACGUGGACCCAAGGAGUGCUCGCUUCCAGGAACUAUUACAGGACCUAGACAAGCAGCAACGAAAGCGCCUAAAGGAAGAAAGACAACGACAGAAGAAGGAGGCACGAAUUGCUGCUAUGGCCUCUGCUGAAGCCCAGGACUCAGCAGUGUCUGGUGAACCCAGCUCCUGAAAGCUCCCUUCCCAAUAAAGCCAGCUGCUGACAACCCAUAUUCUACACAUUCUCCCUCAAGUUGUGACUUCCUGGGUCGCCCGGCUCAUUCCCCAACACCUGGGCGGGAGAAUCCCUCCACCUGGCUGUGUUCACACCUGGACACUAGGCCAUGCCAUGAACUGGGGCUUUGGGGAGAGAGAAAGGGGAAUGGAUGGGCAAAUAAUGAAGGAGCAGAUGGCAGGAGAGGAGGAGGCUUCUGUUUACCAACAUUAAUCUCCAGUAAUUAGCCAAUUACCAGGGGGAGUACAGCCAAACAGACUGCAUGAUAGAAGGAGCAGCAGUCCUUCUAGGGUUGAGCUGAGGCAGGGGCCCAAGUUUCCAGAGGGAGGAGAUGCUGGGGCCCGUCUGUAAGGCUCCUAGGCUCCUCCCCGUUUCUCAGCAUGCCCACUUCACCUGUGCCCCCGGCUAGCUCAGACUCACAAACAGCUGUGAGAAGCUCCAGUAGGCAUGAACCAUUAUUAGGGCUCAUUUUUAAAACUUUAUUCACGUCAAAACCUUUAUCAGAGAUGUGGUUCUGUCCUGGGGAAGGGGUGGCCUUGGCCUUCAGAACUGAUGAUAACCCCUUUUCCAGGCUGGAGGCCAAGGCCAGACUGGGGAGAAGGCCUUUGGCUUCUAACAUAGACUUACUCCAGAUGGAAAGAUCUGGGCCACUCCAAUAGAGGAUCAAAGCUUAGGGCUCCAGCUUCCCCUCAUCAUGGUGGAGGAAGGAGGGUUGUCCUUGGGGAUGCUUCAGGGAUGGGGAAGCAGGCAGGCGCCCCUCCAUCUGGCUGCAGGGAGCUGGGACAGAGGCCAAGAGGGGCCCAUCUGUCGCCUCAUGGUCUUGCCAACAACUUUUGAGUAGGCUGGGCUGUUAAGAGGACGGGGACAGCUGUCUGGCCCAGGUCUUCUCGGACUGAUAUGGGAAUGGGGGCCACUUCAGGAGGGUGGGAAGCUGGGCUGGGUUUUUUUUUGUUGUUGUUUUUUUAAUGGUUUUUGAUAUUCUUCCUCUUAAACAUGAAUAUAUAUAUGUUAUAU